UCGAAAUCACCGCCGUUGAAACUUUUCCCCGUGUCUUCCGUUGUUGGUUCUCGUCUUUCCUUCGCCCCGAGGUGCCCCAUUCCCUCGACACGAGAAGCUUCUGUCGACGUCGUCUUCAGGAACAGAGCAUUUCUUCCAUUGUAUGAAGUAUGGGUUCAGAUUUGUUCUCAAGAAACUUGAAGAAAGGAGACCUUGGUGGAGUUAUAUUUGGCUGCAAAAAGCAUAUGAUGAAAGAGUGUCUUUCUAAGCAACUUUUUGGUUUACCAGCAUCUCAUUUCUUGUAUGUGAGAAACAUUCAAACAGGACUGCCUUUAUUCUUAUUCAGUUACAAUGAAAGAAUCUUACAUGGCAUUUAUGAGGCUGCAGGCCCUGGACGGAUGAACAUUGAUCCGUAUGCUUGGACUGAUGGUGGAAUUGAAAAGACAAAAUACCCUGCUCAGGUUCACAUACGUGUGCGGCUAGAAUGUCAUCCACUUUCAGAAAGUCAAUUCAGGGGCAUUCUGAGUAAAAAUUAUUACUCCCCUACAAAGUUUUACUUCAAAUUGGAUCAUGCUCAAGUUGAUAGUUUGAUCUCAUUAUUUAAGAAAUCUGCGACAACAAAGACCACUCCUCCCACUAUUUUUCCUAGAAAUACAUGGCUUCAGAUAAAUGGAUUGAUGAAUAAUGUUAGCCAUGAUGAUAAGGUGAGCCGUGAACUUGCUGAAAUAAAUUCGUUGGCAACCUCAUCAUUCAGUAUGGUUCAGGAAACAAAAGAGUUAAGCUGUGCUCAUGUUCAGCGAAGUACUCUAUGUGAAAGUGACUCAGCAAAAAGUCUACCAGAGUAUGAUUCAUUUGCUGGUGGCGCUGUCAAGUAUGAGUCCACAAGUACAGGUUCUCCAAGCCAACAAAAGCAAAUCAUUGAGAACCAAUUAAAUGGAAGGGCAGAAGAAAGAGAGAUUCUAAAUAAAUUGAAGCAGUUGGUCAAUAGUCAUUUUUCACCUUCCACAAACAGUUUGAAGAAUGAAGAUGGUGAGUUCUCAAUAGUAAGCUGUGCUCAGCGAAGUACUUUAUGUGAAAGUGACUCAGCAAAAAGUCUACCAGAGUAUGACUCAUUUGCUGGUGGGGCCGUCAAGUAUGAGUCCACAAGUACAGGUUCUCCAAGCCAACAAAAGCAAAUCGUUGAGAACAAAUUAAAUGGAAGGACAGAAGAAAGAGAGACUCUAAAUAAAUUGAAGCAGUUGGUCAAUAGUCACUUUUCACCUUCCACAAACAGUUUGAAGAAUGAAGAUGGUGAGUUCUCAAGUGAGGGCAUUAGUCAGCAAGAACAUGCAUGCACUCAAUCAAAAGAAUUUUUGGAGAAACCUAAAGAUGGUUUAUUAGGAUUUGAAUAUGAACGUUCUUUGACUCAGUUGAAAGAAGACAUUGAAAUACUAAGGAGCAUGUCACUGGAUCAAGGAAGGCAAAUUACCAUUUUGGAGGAGAAAGAGGUACAGUCACAAGCAGAAAUUCUAAAAUUGAAGAUGCAAGUCAAGGAGUUGGAAUCUCAACUGGUCAUGACCACAGAAGCUGUUGAUCAUCUACCAGAGGAUGUGCCAGAUGAUACAACCACUUCAUAUAUUGAGGAGGCCAUAUACUUGGUUGGAGGUUAUAAUGGAACAUCAUGGCUAUCAACAUUGGACUUAUAUGCACCAACAUGUGGCAGUGUGCUGUCUCUUCCAUCAAUGAGCUCACCUCGCUCAUAUGCAGGUGUAGUUUCUUCUCAUGGUUGUAUUUAUGCCAUUGGUGGUGGUGAUGGCUGUUCAUGGUAUGAUACAGUUGAAUUUUACAAUCCAAGCAACAAGGAGUGGUCUAGGUGUUCUCCAUUGAGUUGCGAAAAAGGAUCUCUUGCUGCUGCUUCUUUAAAAGACAAGCUUUUUGUACUUGGUGGUUCCAAUGGCAUUGAUUCUUUCUCUGACGUUGAGAUGUAUGAUCCAGUUCUGGGGAAGUGGAUACUGGUUGGAUCUAUGCUUCAUGAGGAUCCAACAAGCCACAGUAGCGGGUAGAUCAGCAGGCGUAACUCACAUUCCACGUGGCAAGUGUUUCAUGUGUCAAUGCAUUGUCUGUAGUUUAAACUUUAAAUUUUUCCUUUUUGACUUUGUGAAUCUUGUAGAAAAAUGCAAAUAAGGUUGGUUGUCUACUCUGUAUAAAGGUGUCUGUACAUAUGUUUUAUGUAUAAUAAAAUGAAUGGUAGUUUGUGUUAUGUGAUUUAGUGUCAUCUAAUCCAGUGUUUUAAACCUCACUGAGUCAGUCAGUUGAUUUGGGGUUGACUCGGCCCCUACUGGAUCAACCCAGUAGGGGACUUGUUUACAAUUAAAGCUUGACUUGACUUAGCCAUGACUCAGUAGUUAUAUAUUUGUUUUCCUUUAAGACAAUAGUUAACAAAAUGUGACCCAAGUCACCGAGUUGACAUGCCGAGUCAUUAGCAAGGAUGGGAGAAUCGAGUCUUGAGUCACUAUAUUUUAAAACAUUGAUCAAAUCUGUCACAUGCCAAAUUGUGGGGUCCAUUGUUCACUAAAAAAAAAAUGAAAAUUUGGGGUGUGACAAAGAUAGUCAACAAAAGUGUGAAGAUAAAGAUAUUGAACUUCAUUUCAAAAUUCUGAUUGCUGAUUUAUUGACAAAUGAGCUGACAAGGAAUAGAUUUUUAUUCCUAAAAGGUAAGUUGUUCAUGGUUCAACCUCGCAUGCAACUUGAGAGAGUCUAAUGAGUCAUUGUGAUGGAUUGAAUUAGAAUCACAUCAGACCCAGAUCUGGUAAUGUAUUGUAUACAGAAUUAUACACUGUGUGUUUGUAAGCGUAUUUGUGUAUUGUUGUUUUAUAUUUCACGGUAUAACUGCCUUGAAAUAGUUUGUGACCCUCGUAUAUAUUGGAAGAUAUUAGGUCACAAUCCCCACAUUAAGAACUGUGAAAGACUUCACCCAUAUCUGCAUCUUCUCCUUCUCCUUUGCUGACUGAUUAUGGUAUUCUCUUCUAACUAUGACACCCAGACCUAUUAAAUGUCAAUAAAAUCUUCCCUAAAGUCCCAUUUUAAUCACAUCAAUCUGUUCAUCAUUAAUCUUUCUGAACAAUUUUAGUCAAAUUAUUCAACAAUAUUCAAAUGGCUCUGUACCUCAAGGCCUUGAGAAUUCUUGUCAUCUCUCCAAGUUUCCAACACUGCCUUGUUCACAUUUGUACUACAUUAUUAUCAUUUUUUUCCCCAGAGAAGCAGUGUUCCAAGAAUAGGGACAGUUUUUAAUUUUAUAUUGAAACCCUUAUAAAAAAAAUUACAUAUACAGCUAUGUCACAUAGGUACAGAUAUGGGUAUGGAUGCCGUUAUAGGUAACGGUAUUGGUACAGGUACGGACCAUUUUCAAAAAACUUGAGUGCGGGGGUAUGGCCACACACACACACACACACACACACAUAUAUAUAUAUAUAAAUUACAAAUAUAAAAGCAUAUUCAUAAAUCAUGAUCCAUACAAACUCUAAACUCUCAGUCAAUUCAGAUCAAACACAACUCGGAAUAUUGUUCAUAUAUGACAGUUCAGAAAGGAAAAAAUAUUUUUUGCCUCCUCUUGAAAAGAAACAAAGUAAAGAGAGGAAAACGACAUAGAAGGCAUGAGAUUAAAAUCCACAAGAACAUCCACAAAGAUCAUAAAACCAAAAACAAAAAGGAAAUCCAGCAAAAAAUUCAGAGGUAACUACGACGCUCGCACACUCUUCAGACAUAUGAGAAAACAGAAGAUCAAAAAAUGAAGAAAGGAACUCGAUCUUCACAAAAUCUUCAGAAAUCAACCGCAAAAGGAUCCAGAUAAGAACAAAACAAACGAGAGAUCCUUCAGAUGAAACCAAUCACUGCAUCGGAAAACCCUCUCAUGAUCUCAUCACUCAGCCACAAGAUAGAAUAACAACAUUGACUAAAAAAUCCAGUCGCCUCCUCCUCUCAUCCCUAAAAACCAAGCAAGACCAAAACAAAGAGCUCGCAGACCUUGAACUUACAUACCUUCGCUUUGAAACGCAUCCAAUCGCCAUUUGCUUCGGAACUCCACCCCUUCUUUUCCGGAUAAGGACAGGGAGCAAGAGUGAGCAAAACCGGAUCAGCAGAAGCAUAAGUGUGAGGAUGAAGAGAAAGGGGAGAGGUUAAAGGACAAGACCAAGGAGAAGGCGGAGCUGCGGAAGGAGAGGAAGAAGCAGAGGAGCGACAUUUGUCAUCAGACGUAUAAAUUUGGAGAAUUGCCAUUCGCCGUUCGCCGGAGUGGAGAAUCACUGGAGAAUUGCCUCCUACCGUCGGUCGCUAUAGGUGAAGACGCAGAACCGUCGAAGGCUUGCAUUAUCUUUUUAAUGUUUACGAUAUUUUUAACAUGAAAAAUGGAAACCGCAUUAAAAACUUAAACCCUAACUAUGGGUGCUUUUGGACUCGGUCAACUUUGACCGAGUCCGAAACGGUACGGUCAACAGAGUACCCAGGGCGUAUCCGAGUACGUACUUGUACCUAUACAGGUACAGUGUGGGUACUGCUCCAGAGCAGUACCCGUGUUACAUAGAUAUAAAGAAAAAUCGGAUCCAUCUUUGACAAUUUUUUCCUUGCAUACGUAACUAGGUGUAUGUUUGGCACUUGGUUAUGAUAUUGAUAUAGCUGAUCUUACAAUAUUUGGUGUCAAAUGUUUCUCUUUUCCACCUAGCUGUGCAUGCAUUUUAACUUCAUGAAUCCUGUUUCUCCAUUUAUAUUUGGCUGUUUGGUUUAUCAGAUUUUGCUUGUACAAUGUUGCCAAAGUUUUGGUCGUAUUAGCUUUUCUACUUAUGGUUGAUCUGACUUGGCAGUUUGCAGUAUUAUGAUUGAUCUUUGGUACAUAGGUAAUCCUUCUCGCAAAAUUUCUGUUUGGUAACAUAUUUCCAUAUUCUGUGCAUUGUGAGUUUUUCUUGUGCUUUGCUGAGUGAAUGUUUGGUUGUGACUUAGACAAACUAUGAAGAUUCAUUUCACUGAAUAACAAAAUUUUCUCUUGUUCUGGAAGCGUUUUUCUCAUGCUGCUGUAGAACUAGGUGGUGCUGUCUAUGUUGUUGGUGGCUAUGAUGGGAAAGAAUACCUGCGAUCAACUGAAAGAUAUGACCAUAGAGAAGCUUCAUGGACAAGGCUUGAGUCUAUGUCUUCAAGAAGAGGA